AUGUCUCAAACUGACUUUGGCGCCGCCAACACCAACAUUGAGAAGAGGGGAAGCGCCGAGACUGACGUGAUCAAGGUGCUCGAAGGGCACCUGUCCCCCGACCCCCUUCGCGACCGCGAACCGCGGGCGUCCAACCCCAGAAAAGAGGCGCCUACGAAGGCGAAAUCGAACCCGUCGAAGUCUGCGCCUACGGAAUCGGAUGCGCCGGCGGCCAAGGGACCCUCAGGGGCGCCCGCAACUUCCCAGGCGCCUGUUGCCGCUACUCCGCCGCCAUCCAGCACCGAUCAAAGUAAAUUUCCUUUAUCCUUCUACCUUCUGAAUCCUUUAUAUUUGCCUUGA